GACAAUGCCGAACUUGAUUUGCAUUUAAAAUACUAAUAUCAUUAAUGGACAAUAUUUUAAUAUCUGAUGCUUGUGUUUAAUAAAGACAAUAGUUAAAAGGAUAUAUAUAUUUUUUUGUUGUCUCGAGAUCGUUUAAUCGUCUGUAGGCUUUUAACUAAUUUUUUUAUCGCAAGCAUUAAAAAAUAUAGUAUUUAUUACAUACUUUCUUCUCUUCAUCUAUAAAGAUAUAAAUACUAAUAUAAAAUGAAAAAAACAGAACGUCGAAAUAGAUCCUUAAGAGCAAAAACAUUUAGUGGAAUAUCAAGUGACACAUUGCAGCAAGUAGGAGAAAUGGGGGUUGCAGAAGCAGAGGACAGAACAUUUAGUUCUGAUGGAGAUAUGUCAUCACCAGAAACUACUCCAGAACCAGAUAACAGAGAUAAAAAAGAAUCUAAAAAUCUCAAAAAAGUUAAAAAACAUAGACAACAAAGAGUAACAAAAGGGGAUGAUCAGUUUAAAGAUACAAAAACAGUUUUUAAUCCAAGUACUAUACUCGUUGCACCGACGGUUUCAUCCCAAAAACCUAAUACUAUGCUUGGUGCACCAUUGCUUGCACCACAAAAACUGGAGAAAUCUAGCAGCUUUAAAAAGAAAGAAAGACUGCCUAGCACAGAUGUCAAAAGCAAUAAGGAAAAUCUUGAAGAAAAAAAAGAAACUGGACAUAAGCGAACACUUAGCAGGACAAUACCAACUCCUGAUAAGAUUACUGAGUGUAACAUAGUUUUACUUGGCGAUUUAGGAGUCGGAAAAACAGCACUGGCCGUACGUUUUGUAACAAGGCGCUAUCUUCAUGAAUACGAUCCAAAGUUAGAACGGUUUUACGAAAAGUCAUUGGAGUUUUCCGGAGAGCAAGUGUCUGUAAAAUUAUGGGACACAGUAAUUAAGACAUGGAGCAGUUACGUUGACCAAGCAGAUGCGUACCUUGUUAUGUAUUCAGUAACUUCAGAAAACAGUGCAAUUAAUGCUCAAAACAUAAUUAAUUCAAUUCGCUCCUCUCCUUCUACAAGAAAUAUUCCAAUAAUGCUUGGUGGCAACAAGAUUGAGCUUGAAAACGCCAGAAAAGUAACACGAAAAGACGUUGAAAAUUUUGCAUCAAGUACAGGUUGUUUAUAUAAAGAAUUUUCUGUUGCCAGUACGUUAAACGUAGAUCCAAUAAUCAAAUCAAUUAUCAAAGAAGUCGCUUCUCAAGAAGGUGGCCGUACAACUCCUUCAAAUCUAUCAAACGAUCCAGUUGAAAAAACUGUUUUAGGUAGAAAAGCCAGCAAUACAAAGCAAAAUAAAAUGAAAAGAUUUCUAUCAAAGAAAUCGUCUUAAUUACUUAUGACUUUAUUUUGAGAACUUUACAAGUUUGCAGAAAACAAACUGGUGACGAUAUAACAAUAAAGUUUUAAUCAUAUAAAUAUAAAUUGCCAUUAAAGGCGUUAAUGGCAGCGGAAUUAACUUCUAUGUCUCCAUCAGUUACCUUCAAAGAAGUUUCCAGACUAGCAUCAAAUUAGAAGUUUACACUUAAUUUUAUAAACAACGCUCGGAAUGAAACUAAUUGUUACUGAAUAAUAACUUGGUAAUAAAUUCAUUGAACAAUAAUUUACACCUGGAUAUUUUUUCCAGGAUAACUUUUUAGUAAAUAUCUUCAUUAAAAGUUAUAAUGUAUAAUAUAUAAAAAUGAAUAAUUGCUCUAUCUAGCUGUA